GGGGGACUCGGACGAUGAGAGGGGCAUCAAACUGAUGUCGGAGGGGCCAAUCCAAGAUGGCGGCGGCAGCGCUCACCGAAGAUCAGCGUUACGGUCUGUCGUGUGGGAAAGCGAACCCCGGCAAAAUCACCGUCUUUCACGUUAAGUUGACAGAGACAGCCUUCCGAGCGCUGGAAGCCUUUCAGUUUUCAAAGAAUUCAUCUAUCCCUCAACCAACAAUCCAGUUCCAAGGACUUCAGGGGUUAAUAAAGAUUCCAAGAACAGAUGCCCACAACGACACACGAAAUUUUGACUUUUAUGUAUCCAAUGUUGGAAAAGAUAACCCUCAGGGAAGUUUUGAUUGUGUCCAGCAAUAUAUCUCCAGUGAUGGAGUUUCAGAAUUGGACUGCUUUGGAAGCAUACAAGAUAAAAUUACAAUAUGUGCAACAAAUGAUUCCUAUCAGACAACACGAGAACGCAUGACUCAGGCUGAAGAGGAAACCCGUAGUCGAAGUACCAAAGUUAUUAAACCUGGUGGACGAUAUGUAGGUAAGCGAGUGCAGAUUCGUAAACCAGCACCAGGCAUCCCAGAUGCUGUACCUGAACGGAAACGGUCAACUCCCAUUAAUCCUGCAAGUACAAUAAGGAAGUGCAAUAUAAACAACAGUGUUUCUCAACGAUCUUACAGGGAUAGGGUAAUCCACUUAUUGGUCUUAAAACCCUUCAAGAAACCAGAGCUGCUGGCCCGAUUACAAAAAGAUGGGGUCAGUCAGAAAGAUAAGAACUCUCUCGGACCAAUUCUGCAACAGGUGGCUAAUAUAAACCCAAAAGACAACUCUUAUACUGUGAAGGAUUUUGUGUACAAGGAUGUUCAGCGAGACUGGCCUGGUUACUCAGAAGACGAUCGACAACUGUUUGACAGAGUAGUUUCCAGAAAAUUAACUCAACUGCAGAAUUCUAGCAGCCAACAAGCAGAACAAGUUCCAUCAAGCUCCCCCAAAGACAGAGGAUCUGCAUCUUCACCAGAGAAGAGACCUCUGCCAUCAGAUUUCAUUGAUCCUCUAGCGAGCAAGAAGCCCAGGAUAUCACACCUCACUAAUCGUGUGCAACCAACACUUAAUGGCCAUUUAAACCCCUCCAAUGAAAAAACUGUUGCUAUUUCUGCUCCGGUUGCUCCUCCUCAAGCUCCUCCUCCUGUGCCACUUCCAGUUUCUAUUGCUCACACUGUGAAUUCUAACUCCAAUUCCCCAUGCACACCAGAAAGAAGGGGAACUCAAGAUUUGCCAGUUGAUGCUCUUGGUCAAACUGGUGAAGAUUAUGAGGACCAGCAAGUAAAGCUUACCUCUCGGACUACAUUGGAAAGCCCACCGCAUCAACUGGAGUGUUCUGAACUCAUCAGCAAAGACUGUUCUUCUCAUGGAAAGUCAAAAAAAAAAGCUAAAAAGCAUAAAGACAAGGAAAGAGAGAAAGAGAAAAAGAACAAGAAGACUGAGGAUGAUAGUGAAGAAUGUAGAAAUGAAAUUGAGGAACAAAACCUCCUUAAAGGUGCCAAUUCAGAAACGAAUAGGAAGUGCACUGGUUCCAGCAGUCCUACAUUACCAACCAAAAAACCUGAUUACUUGAUCAAAUAUGCAGCCAUUAUGUCACAUGAGCAGAGGCAAAACUACAAAGAUGACUUUAAUGCAGAAUAUGGUGAAUAUCGAAGUUUGCAUGCCAGGUUAGAGAGAGUGACCAAACGAUUUUUGCAACUGGAUGCAGAGCGGAAGCGCCUUUCUCCUAAUACUGAAGAGUACAAGAUUAUCGAUGAGGAAGUUUUACAAGAGUAUUGGAAAAUUACAAAGAAUAGUCCCAAUUACCAUGAAGAGAAACAAAGAUGUGAAUACCUGCAUAACAAACUGGCUCACAUUAAGAGACUAAUAGCAGAUUAUGACAAGCAACAGCUACAAUCAUGGCAUUAGAACUCACUGGACAAUUUGCUAUAUUGUUCUAUGAUCAGAAGGAGAUGUGUAAUAACAUUAAAAGCUAAUAUAUUUUGAAUUUUUCAAAACAUUUGCUCUAGGAAUGGUGGCAAGAGAUUUCUGAAAGAUUUCAGAAGUUUCAUGAUUUGAGUUCUGUUACUUCCCUGAAGCAUCUAAGCUGCGCUGCCCUCACCCCACAUUAAUUUAUUCUAAAUUGAUGCUCUUUUUGCUUUUGAACUUGCAUCUUACUUUUUAACUGUUAUACCAAGAUGUUUUUGUUUAUCCAAACACAUCUCAUUAGUCUUAGUACUUGGGCUCUUCUACAAUCUCUUGAUUCGAUUUAUACAUUAACAAUUGAUAGCACUAUCAGCAAACAAUGUAAAACAGUUAAAUAAACAAAGGUAUGUGGUACUUGCUACAUUCUGCUAAUUUAAACAGUUUGCCUUAAGUGGUUGAAUGUUCCCAAGGCAAUUUGCACAAAUAGUUUUCAAAAAAAUUCAUAGAAAUCCUUAAUGUUGGAAAGUAUGACAAGCACUACAAACUGCCUAUAAUUCUUUACACUGUGCUGCAAUUUCAAACUAUAUGUUAAAAAUGCAAACAGUCUGCUCCUGUACCCCUUGCCUUAAGGUGUUCCUUAUGUACAUAAGUAUAGUGACCAUUAGCUACAAAUGGCUUCCUUCUAUCUUGUACAAGUGGGAAGGUAACUUUGACCUCCCAGUAUGUGCAUGUGUGAAUGAGUGUCUCUGUAAAUGUGUGUAAAUUUAAUAUACAUCUUGAGGGGGAAGAGAAGCUGCUGUCUGUAGCCAGAUGCUCAGGACAAAAAAAAAACUGAGUCAUUGCAGGUGUUUUCCUAUAAACGUACUACUUCCUCCAUGGAAAUGAAAGCCUUUCCAUUUUAAAUGAUUUAUCAGCUUUAUUAACAUGAAUGCGUUGCUACUGUGCAAAAUUUGAAAGAGAUCUUAUAGUUUUGGGGAAAUUAAGAUACUAACCUUCAUGUAGGAGACUUAUUUGUAUACUACUUUAAAGUAUUUUUGAAAACAAAUUAUAUACAAAGAAGCAGUCACCUGCAUGUACUAGUUUAUUUAAAAUUUGUUCUCCUAUGUGCCAGGAAUAUAACUGAAAACAGAUGUAUUUAAUUAUACUGUGACCAUCAAACAGCACAAAGAAAUCAUUUGAAUUUAUAAAGUGUCUCUGUACUUACCAGUGCAUUACAUUUCAGUUGGUAUAAUGCCUAUCAAUAAGAUAGUUAAUUUAUCAUGUGGGAACAUUAAGUUAUUUGGUUGGACGAUGCGGGGUUUUGGAUAGAUAUUGAGACUAAUAAUCUGUGUAAUGUUUUUGUCUUUACGAAAUGCUGCCAAGUGAAAAGGGAAGCAUAAUGUUUACAAAUGAACGUUGGAAAGUUUGCCAAACUGUUUGGUUGAAUCUUCAAUAAAUUCCAUGUCACCAGCUUCACUCCAAAUGCUGGUAUCAUCAAACAAUGCUGUAAACCAUGAAACUUGCUCUUCCUAACUUGGACUAAUUCCAAACAUUGAAGUUUAGGUGUUAGUUAGGAUGAGUCCCAAUGUGAUAUUUUCAUAGUAUAUUUACGGUACUAAUCACUGGGAUUACCAAGGACUAAAACUUGAUUCACACUUCACAAUCAUUUAUAUUGGUUCUUUAUCAGUUAUUCCCACUUUUACUAAAGUUCUUUUCUGAUCACGUUAAGAGUGUCUUCAUAUAAUUCCAGAAUUAUUACAUUAGCAUUGAUAAUGUUUGGAUAUUUUAAGUUGGCAUUAGGUUUAUUUAACAAAAACCUCUCCUGACAGGGAUAUGUUCCACUGGUAAACUCGUGCGUCAAUAAUAUUGGAUAGCAUUUGACAUCAAUGUAAUUUUAAAUAAAUUGGAUUCCAUUUUUAGCAUUUUGCUUUGUAUCCCUCAUCAUCUUAAAAUUAAGUGAUGUUAUUCAUUUGUGUUAUAUACUAACAUCCUUCGAUGAAACAAAACAUUCACUUAGUGUAACUUUUCAAGCUUUCUGGAAUUCUUUGGAAUUUCAAUCUGAAAUUGGCGUUGUAAAAGUACAGAUUUGAGACUUCCCAUUUUACAAUCACUGGGUAUAGAUUGACUUAAAACCUACUCCACUGUCUAGUUAGCAUUGUACCUGAAGCUGAAUUUUGAGCACUAUUCAUUAGCAUCACUCAAGACAACUUUAAUGUUUUGAAUCAUACUUUGGUACAACACUUGAGUGUAAAAAAAAGUCUAGUUUUGGCCCCUUGCCCAAAUAAUAAUAAUAGAGUUCACAAGUAGUUUUAAUGUAGUCACGAGGAAUAAGUGUCAAAUCACAGCUGGAGUCCUUUUAGAAGAAACUGAAUUUGUGGCCGUGCCUAUCACUUUACUACUUGAGUACUACUGAAAUGCCUUUAUUGUUUUGUUUGUGUAGUAUUCUAAUGGAGCCAAUUUGGCCUCACAGUAGGAAUAUAUUUUGUUAGAUCUGUGGUAGUUUACUUGAGAAAAUAAUGGUUUAUUAUUGGAGGGAUUUUUUGCCAUAACCCAGAUUCUUUUAAUACUUGAACCUUAUUUAUUUCACCAGUUCCACUAAGGCUAAAGAAUGCUCAUAAAGCCAAAACCUUAUCUACGUUCCUUAGUGUAAUUAAAAAUAUUUUUAAAGCAAAGGAGCAUGAGCAGUGCAGUAAGUAUGCAUCUUUAUGCAUGGUGGCCUAAAGAAAGUUAUUUUUGCUUUUAGCAUAGUCUUGGAAUUUCUGAUGUUGGUCCUAAAUUUGGAUCCUAUAAAUAUAAAGUCACAUUCACAACUGAAACCAAGAAGUUCUCUGAACACUUAUUCCUCAGUAACUCUACUAAAUUUCUAUUUCAAAGAAAAUAAGCAUAGAGACCCACUGCAUAAAAGCCUAUCAGCAGUUUACUAUUUUUGACCACUACUUCAGUGCAAUUAAUUUAAGAAAAGUUGUUUUGAAUGCAAACUAUUUAUACCAAAGCUGCCUACAUUGUUUUGUGCAGUCUCUGCUGUACUUUGAACUAGAAAGCAUAGUUUAAAAAAAACUUACUUUUUCAGUUUUAUAUGCUUAAGCUGAUCAUGCUUCAAAAUAAGCAAUAAAAUUGCAUGAAAAGUUGGUAUUUUUAAUACUAUCUGUUUCAUGUAAUUUUAGCAAAGUAUCAUUCGAAAUGUAAUGAUGCAGAUUUGGCUUUGAAGCAAAUAUUUACCUUUACAAGUAUUUGUUUUAAAGUCAAGGGGUUGCAUUCAUUGAAAAUGUCUGUGAUCAGAGAUCCAGUUUUAUUUUUAUGUAUAUAAUAUAUUUGGUUCUGAUUGCUGCAUUUUUAUAUAUGAAAAUGCAAUCAAUUAUCCAUUUAAUUGGUAAAUGGAUAUUAUUGUUCCAAAACUGCCCAAUUCUGCAUGAGUUUUGAGGCAAUUUGCAAUCAACUUAAACAAGUGUAAAUGUUUUCAACAAUUGUAUAAGAUCCUAAUCAAUUAGGUAAAACUCUUUUCUUUUCAUGACAGUUUGUCCUAUUUCAAAAUAUUAAUUUGCUAUUCCAGAAACUGAGCAACAAACUAGUCUUAGCAUAAAUGUAUCACAGUAUUAAAUUCUGAGCUGUUAAUUAAUUUGCUAGCAGCUUUGUAUGUUAUUGGAUUACUAGUAAAGUGAAAUUUAAUUGUUUUACAAGGAAUGAUGAGGAAAAUCAUAUUGUCCCUCCAUCCUUCUAUUGUUACACUUUUAAUAUCUAUCUUUCCUCUAAUCUUGGUAUUAAUGUGUGCCAAAUGGACAGGUUUUUGCCUAAAUACUUUGAAGCCUUUAAAUUCAGUUUAAUUGUUUCUCCUCUUCACAUGUCCUUGAUCGAUGCAGUUGAAACCAGCAGUUCAAAUUGAUAUGGAAUAGUAGUUAUUACAGAAGACAAAGAAUGGAAAUUAAAACAAUACUGGAAUGUUAUAUUCUCAGUAGUCUUUUGGCUAUUGUGAAUGUCUUUUGAUUUCCAAGUUACACAGUAAACCUUUACCAUCUAGUUAGGACCAUUGAAACUGGAAAUGCCGCAGGAGUGUUUUCACCAAUGAAAAUACAAGAUAUUUGAGCCACAAUGUGUCCAUUCCACAUGUAAUGUAAGCUGUUAAUUUAAAUUACAUUAAAAUAUUGACUUUGCAUAAGA